UGCAAUUGAAAAGUGCUGAGAGAAUGUUGACUAAAGUGCUGGUCUGCGUCGCUGUCUUGGCUUGUGUGUCGCUGCACUCGCAGGCACAAACCGUAGAGGAAGCCUUGCUUGCUGGCAAGAAAGCCGAAGGCACACUGCAACAGGCGCUGAAUAAACUGCCCCCCAAUGCGGAGGCGCAUGGCUAUGCCGAUGAUGUGAUGAGCAGUUUAAAGAAAAUGCUGAAGGAGGACUGCGAGCAGAAUUUGCGUCAGAAUGGUCAAAUCAAUACAUAUUAUGCCUGCGUGGAGAAAUAUCUGGGGCUAUCGAUGGCCUCCGCCAGCGAACUGCUGAGCGGUCAGUGGGCCAGCUCGGGUGCCUCCAGACCAGGUUUAUUCUGUUGAGCAUCAAGCAUUGUUAACAAUAAAGAAAUUUGCUUUGUGGUGUUGGCUUAA